UCAGGCUUUUGGAAAUCAAAUCUGUAUUCUUGACUAGCAGUGUUGGUAGCUUAGUUGGUAGCUAGCUAAAGUUUUUGUUUUAUUUUCAGGCUCAAUACUUCAUACGUACUUACCAUGGGGAAAAUUAAACAUUGUAACACAGCGGAAGUGCCUCGAAAGAGUAUUCUUUCCCUAACAUGUAUUUUACUUGUCUCAACUCUUUCUGAGUAUGGUAAUUUUACCACGCUAAACGCAUGCAAGGGGGCGGGGGGCAAGCGAGAAGCUAUCAUAUCUACACAGUAUCCGAGAUAUGAGACUCUGUGAAGAAGCCAGUUCACCAUACCGCAUGAUGGAUAUUUGUGAACAGAUUCCACUAACAUUAGAGGACUUGCCUUUGGAUACAAUUGGCUAUCACCAAAACUGCUAUAAAAGCUUUACAGGGAAAAUAGAUUGUUUACAAGUGUCAAAGCCUUCUACAUCUGGUGAAUCAUCAUCAUUGAAAAAGGACUCUGCGCCAUGUCAAAUUUCUGUCAAUUCAAUCGAAAGGAGCUCCAAGAAGGUGUUCCUUCUUGUUUCCCAAUCAGUGCAUUUUCUGUGACAAAGCACAAUCCAAGUUCAAGGGCAAGACUGAAGAGCUUACAAAGUUUCAGAGUUGGAAACACAAGGAACCAGCCUGGAAAGUUAUUGAACCUAGGGCACAGGAAUUAAAGAAAGAGGCUCUUUAUCGCAAGGUGCAGGGCAAGGAGCUUUUUGCAAUGGAAGCUAAGUAUCAUCCAUCAUGCAGAAACAACUUCAACACAGAGUACCAAACCCAUGAGCGAGGAAGGGAGAGGGCAGAAAAGGCAGCAGGCAACAUUGACAGCCUGCAGGCCCAGAAGAUAGCAGCACAUAACAGGUCGUAGUGUAUGGUAAAGGAUUACAUUCUUAGGAGUGUGAUUGAAUGCAAAGAGGUUGUCCAGCUAAGAUCCAUGUGCAACUUGUACACGAAGACAUUGGAAAUUCAAGGUUUUCCUAAUCCUGAAUACCGCAGUGAGAAAUUGGCAAGACGGUUACAAGGAGACAAACACAUCUCUCAUGAACUCACAUUCUCCAAGGUGCAACACCGUGGGUGUAUUGAGUCAAACCUCAUAUACAGCCCUAGCAUUACUGUAGAUGAAGCAGUUGGAUGUGCAUACGAACUUGGAACAGCUGACCAACUUCAAGAAGCAGCACUCACCCUCCAUUCUCACAUUAUAAAGGCAUUCAGGAGCUACCAUGGCCCCAGACAGCACAGGAGCUAUAUGCCGUGAAGAUGGACGUACUUCUUCCAGAGCAUCUUGUACAAUUUCUGAGCUCAGUGGUGACUGGAACACUUGAUAGUAGCGAGUGGGACAACCUGAACAGAAUCACGAGCAAUGUUCAUGGCUCAAAUGUUGUAAACAGCGCCGGGGGAAUCAUGAUUCAAGAGGUGAAGGAGAGCCAUGUGAGCACCAAGAAGAGGACCCUUCCUCUCUACGACAGGUCAUCCAAGAUGAGAAGCUUUAAGAUCACGCCUCCCGAAAACGCUCCCAGAGCUGGCAUUCAGAUUCCAUCAAAGCCCAGGAGAGGCUCAGGCGUGGCUUUACUGAGAAGUAUAAUUGAUGGUCCAAAUACCUGGAAGCCCUAUGACUUUAAGUCAUUCCUUGGUAAUGAGCUGAACAAGAAGCAGCUAUGUGACCUGCUUCUCAAGGUCUGGGGGAGCAAUGAGGCAGCAUCCCGGAUUGAGAAGAGUAUGAAAGCAGUGGUGUGUGUUAAUGGGAAAUCCUAUGACCUAACAUCAACAAAUGGAAAGGGCCAGACUUCUGAGAUCUAUGCACUGCGGUCCAACCAGGAGGAGACAGACAGCCGCAUUGUCCUGUACUUCCACCACGCUGUCAAUUCUGAUGAUCCUCCUCUACCAUGCAAACAAGAUCAACCUCUCAAUCUACCUUGACCACGGCUCUGGCAAACAUUGCAUACUCAUAAAUGUGACGGAACUGUCUGAAUCACUGGGCCCUGACUACUGUAGCACCCUGAUGGGAUUCUAUGUCUUUACUGGGGGGGACUGUACCAGCAAAGGAAAGGUGAAUCCCCUGAAUAAGCUACAGCAGAAUCCUAAACUCCACAAUGCUUUCAGGCAGCUUGGUGCAGACUGGCUGGUCACAGAUGAGCUUCAACAGGGGAUGGAGAGCUUCACGUGCAUCAUGUAUGGCCAAGCACGGAUGACAUCAGCUGACGCAAUACGAGCCAAGAUGCUGAGAAAAAUGGUCGGUGCUGACAAAGUCCGGGACUCAAAGUCAAAAGUAGACCUGUAAUGCCUGCCACCCCCCAAAGUCUGUCUCAUCCCACAUGUACAGAGAGCCAACUACAGAGUUGCCUGCUAUAUAGAGCAGACGAGGCAAUAAUCGAGAGCCCCAAGCCAUAUGAUCCAGGCAUGGGCUAGGAGAAGACAGGAGAGGAGGAGGUGUUGGAACCUGUUUGGACAGUUGGACCCAUCCUCCCUCCUUCUCUUGUUGAGGUACUGGCUCAGAGAGCAGAGUCUGAAGAGCAGGCAGCUCUUGACAAGGUAGCUGAUUCCAACAACAACAACUUGUCUGUGGGUGAAGAGGAUGGAGAGUAUGAACAUAAUGAUGAGGAUGAAGUGCUGGAAGAAAUAGACUUCGAAGAUCUCUUCAGUGAUGAUGAGGAAGAUGAGUAGUUUAGGUUAACUUUUAUUAUUUUUUGGCCAUAAAUAAAAAAAAAACAGA